CGUCAUCAUCACCAUCAUCAUCCCCUAGGGUUUCUUCUUCUCUACUAUGAUCACUAGUACUGAAACUAGAUUCGUUUCAUUUCUUUUCGAUUUAUUUUAAUCAAAGCUUCCUUCCACGUAUUCAUCAAAUCUGCUGCUCUAUCAUAUCAAAGCCUUUUUCCUGUAAUCCACUGGUGCUCGAAGCGGAGGAGGAGGAGGCGGUUUCUGAUUUGCGAUUGGACGACUAGAGUAUGAUAAAGAUCAAGUUCCGGUUGAAUGAUGGAUCAGAUAUUGGUCCAGCCGAUUAUGAGGAUCAAUUAACUGUGGAGUCACUCAAGGAAAAAGUUAUAGCAGGAUGGCCUAAAGGUAAAAGUAUUGUGCCCAAGGAACCAAGUGAACUAAAACUGAUCAGUUCUGGGAAAGUUUUGGAGAACAGCAAGACUGUUGGUCAGUGUAAGCUGCCUUUUUCAGAUGCUGAUGAUGUAAUUACCAUGCAUGCUGUUGUACAGCUAGCUCAAACUAAAGCAAAGUCAGAAAAGAAGAUUGACGAUGAUCCAAAGAAGAAGAUCUGUUCGUGCUCCAUAUUGUGAGAACGGUAAUGUGAAUGAGAUCUGUGUGUGUGUGUGUGUGUGUGUGUGGGUCAAUGUGGGAUGAUUGUAAGGAGCAGGGCCUGCUCUCUUAAUCUCAACAAGUAUUCAAAGAAACAAAUAAUCUGUAAACAGUAUAAUGCCUCAUUGUUAUAUGUUGGAGAUAUAUUGUUAUAUAUAUAUAGAUGUGUACACAUUCUGUCAUUCUACUGUGUAGUUUCUGUCUCUCCUAUAAACAUCUUCAUAAACAAAUCAUGAUUGUGGCGUGCCGAGAUUAGACUUUCUUAAC